UUGUUUUUAGUAGAUCAUGCCUGAGCUGGCGAAGUCCGCUCUGGCCCCGAAGAAGGGCUCUAAGAAGGCGGUGACCAAAGCGCAGAAGAAGGAUGGCAAGAAACGGAAGCGCAGCCGCAAGGAGAGCUACUCCGUGUACGUGUACAAGGUGCUGAAGCAGGUCCACCCGGACACUGGCAUCUCGUCUAAGGCCAUGGGAAUCAUGAAUUCGUUUGUUAACGACAUUUUCGAGCGCAUCGCGGGCGAGGCGUCGCGCCUGGCGCACUACAACAAGCGCUCGACCAUCACGUCCAGGGAGAUUCAGACGGCCGUGCGCCUGCUGCUGCCCGGGGAGCUGGCCAAGCACGCCGUGUCCGAGGGCACCAAGGCUGUCACCAAGUACACCAGCGCCAAGUAAAUUUGUCAAGUAACUUUUAGAUUUAACCCCAAAGGCUCUUUUAAGAGCCACUAAGUUGUCAGUAUUAGAGCUGAAAAUACGAACUCUGAAUUUAGGUUUAAGUUCUAGCGAUAACGUGAGGUAUUGAGAAUUCCAUUGUACUGAAUCAUACGUACUGUGGUCGUAAAUUGCCUCUGAAUAGAAGAAAACCAAUUAUACUACCAAGUGCUUCAGCAACACGGC